AUGGCUCACAACAGGACGCUGACUGAGAACAAAGCACCCACUUAUGGGACGGCUGGCGAUCCGAGAGUUGACUUCUUCUUCCAUGUGAUCGAAGACACAGAGAAGGAGAGGACAGUCAGUCUGUUAAAGAAGUCUUGGAAAUGUCAUCCGUUGGACACAUUGAAACUGACGGCAUAUUUGAGAGACUGUCGUAAUGGCAAAGGCAUCAAAAAUCACUACCAAAUGUGUACUCAAUAUUUCUUUGAACAUCACUUCGAGACUCUGAUGGCAAAUAUGGAUCAAUUGGUGGCAUUUGGCUAUUGGAAGGAUCCGCUCGUUAUACUCAUGACUUUGCUUUUCAAUGAAAUUCCCGACUAUUUGGCCAAAGAUGACGGACACAAACGUCGACACAAUUCUCAACCCCAGAAGAAGAAUGUGUUCCCAAAAUACGAUCGAUUAGUUUUGGGAGGUCUUCGCAAACAAAGACAAAAAGCAAAGAAAGAGAUAAAAUCUAAUACAAAGAAGGCUACGAUUGAGGCGACAAAGAGUGACAAUCAAGUGAUAGAAGCGAUGGAAUCGGAGGACAUUGUGGUUCCCGGCAUCGAAGUCCAUCUGAUUGGAAGUGUGUACCAAACUGUUCUGAACAAAGUUGAAGCCUUACAAAUCAAUCGCAAAGAAUUUGCUCAAAACCAUUACAUAAAUGAUGAAAAAUAUCGCAAACUCUAUGACAAAGUCGUUGAUAUGUUCGCCAAUCAAUUGGUCACAGAUUUGGAAAAGAUGUCAAAAGAUGUGAAAUCGUUAUCAUUGGUGGGGAAGUGGGCGCCCAGUAGUGGCCAUCACUUCGACAAAUAUUUGUUUAUUUGUCAACCGAUAGCCAAACAGAUGUUGCUUCUAAUGAAAAGGAAUGAACUGAUCGGUGAUCCGAAACUUCUAAAGGAUUUCUACAUUAAAGAGGUCUGUACUCCACUUCGCAGAUAUCUUCUGAUACCCGAAGUUUUUAUGGCGUCCAAUAAGUGGAUGGAUAUCGACUACAAUCGCGUCGCCUCUAAGUGUAUGCAAAAGAAUAAAUCGGUUUUCAUUAAACACGACAAACAGAGGUUUGAAGAGUUCUUGGCCUCAAAGACUACCAUAUCUGGUGCUGUCCUAAAACCCGUGGAAAUGGUAGAAAGAGGCGAGAAGUAUAUAUUUCAGACCAUCGCUGAAAGUGAAGAUCAAGAUUUCAAGCUUGAAAUGGAAGUUCUUGAGAAACAAUGGCUUUCACUUUGCGAAGACAUUAAGAAAAAGGGCGGCGGUCUAUUGGACAACGCUAUAGCGGUGUGUGAUGUGAGCGGUUCUAUGAAUGGGACGCCUAUGAACGCAGCCAUUGGUCUCACGAUUCUAACCAUGUAUUUAUCACAAAAGCCCUGGAAUUCAAUGUGUAUUACAUUUGACGAGAAUCCGACAUUUCAUAUCGUGGACUCGAAACUCACUUUCAUUGAGAAACUGCGGGUAAUGUCGACGAAUAGCAUGGCGUGGGGCGGAACUACUAAUUUGAAUCGAGUCUUUGACUUGAUUUUGCGCAAAGCUGUUGAACAGCGUCUCCGAAACAAUCAGUUGCCAAAAGUACUCAUUGUUUUUACAGACAUGGAGUUUAGCAGUGCUUUUCCGGGAACUACUCUAACCAACUUCGAGGCCGCGAAGAAACAGUUUGAGGCCAAAGGGUAUACUUUGCCUCCCAUUGUAUUUUGGAAUCUCAGGGCUUCGGCGUCGACACCCGUUGACAGCAAUGAAAUGGGAGUCGCACUCCUCUCCGGAUAUUCCGGACAACUAUUGUCACUCAUUUUGAAAACCGAAGACUUGGAGAAAAUAACCCCCUAUUCGAUGAUGAGGUCAGCUAUUGAUGACAAACGUUAUUCUGGGCUUAAAAUAAUCGACUAA